GUCAGUGAAAUCCGCCAAAAUCCCUAUCUUCACAAGCCGUGGCCGCAACACAACAAACUUCAAAUCGUUAUAUUGUAUCGAAUUUUCUGUAUACUAACCUGUACGGAAUAUGACUUCAGUUUAUAACGAUUAAGAGUACAAUUCGCAAUGUAUUCGAUAUGUAAAAGUACUCAUCCUGCUACAGGAGUAGAACACGCUAUUACAUGUUAUUUCUUUAAUCGUUCAGAAAAAUGUCUUGUUGUGGCCGGUGCAAAUAUUAUCAGAGUAUUUUGUUUAAUACCAGACGUAGACAUAACGAAAAGAGAAAAAUAUACAGAAUCACGUCCACCAAAAAUGAAGUUGGAAUGCUUAUCUCAAUACACAUUACAUGGAAAUGUAAUGUCAAUGCAAGCCGUAGCUCUUGUUGGAUCUCAAAGGGAUUCUCUCCUGUUAAGCUUUCGUGAUGCAAAAUUAUCAGUUGUAGAAUAUGAUCAAGAUACACAUGAUCUCAGAACAGUAUCGUUACAUUAUUUCGAAGAAGAAGAAAUCAGGGAUGGAUGGACAAAUCAUCAUCAUAUUCCUAUCGUUAGGGUAGAUCCUGAAGGAAGAUGUGCGGUAAUGUUAAUAUAUGGUCGGAAAUUAGUUGUAUUACCUUUUAAGAAAGAUCCAAGUCUCGAUGAUGGAGAUUUAUUAGAUAAUUCAAAAGCAUCAUCUAAUAAAAUUCCUAUAUUGUCAUCAUAUAUGAUAGUAUUAAAAUGUUUAGAGGAAAAAAUGGACAACAUAAUAGAUUUACAGUUUUUACAUGGUUAUUAUGAACCAACAUUGUUAAUAUUAUACGAGCCAGUUAGGACAUUUUCAGGACGUAUCGCAGUCAGACAAGAUACUUGUGCUAUGGUUGCAAUAUCGCUAAAUAUUCAACAGAGAGUACAUCCCAUAAUUUGGUCUGUAUCAAAUUUACCAUUCGAUUGUUAUCAGGCAGUACCAGUGAAGAAACCACUUGGUGGGACUCUAAUUAUGGCGGUUAAUUCUCUCAUUUACUUAAAUCAGAGCAUACCACCUUACGGUGUUUCCUUAAAUAACCUAGCAGAAACCAGUACAAAUUUUCCAUUAAAACCACAAGAGGGAGUAAAGAUAAGCUUAGAAGGUUCCCAAGUUGCAUUUAUAUCUUCAGAUCGUUUAGUAAUUUCUUUGAAGAGUGGAGAGUUGUAUGUAUUAUCCUUGUUUGCUGAUAGUAUGCGUUCAGUGAGGGGCUUUCACUUUGAUAAAGCUGCAGCAAGUGUUUUAACUUCAUGUGUAUGCAUGUGUGAAGAUAAUUACCUCUUUCUUGGGUCACGUCUUGGUAAUUCGCUUUUAUUAAGAUUUAUCGAGAAAGAGUCAGAAAAUUUGCAAAAUACAUAUGAAAGCGAAAUAACAAUCGAAGAAGAUGAAACCGAAGAAACUCCAGCAAAAAAGAUAAAACAAGAUUUUAUAGGUGAUUGGAUGGCAUCUGAUGUACUAGAUAUAAAAGAUCCAGAAGAGCUGGAGGUGUAUGGAAGUGAAACACAUACUUCCAUCCAAAUUACAUCAUAUAUAUUUGAGGUAUGUGAUAGUUUAUUAAAUAUUGGACCGUGCGGCAAUAUAUCUAUGGGUGAACCAGCUUUUUUAUCUGAAGAAUUUUCACACAGUCAAGACCCUGAUGUUGAACUUGUCACAACUUCUGGAUAUGGUAAAAAUGGUGCACUUUGUGUUCUUCAAUGUGCGAUUCGACCUCAGGUUGUAACUACAUUCGAAUUACCAGGAUGUGAAGAUAUGUGGACAGUCAUUGGCACAUUAAAUAUCGAUGAACAAGUAAGACCUGAAGCAGAAGGAUCACAUGCUUUUUUGAUUUUAAGUCAAGAAGAUUCAACUAUGAUAUUACAAACUGGCCAAGAAAUUAAUGAAGUGGAUCAAAGUGGAUUUAGCACACAGGGGAGCACAGUAUUUGCUGGAAAUCUUGGUGCAAAUAGGUAUAUAGUACAAGUCACUCAAAUGGGUGUACGUCUUCUACAAGGAAUUGAGCAGAUUCAACACAUGCCUAUAGAUCUUGGAUGUCCAAUUAUACAUGCAAGUUGUGCAGAUCCUUAUGUAACAUUACUUUCUGAAGAUGGACAAGUUAUGUUAUUGACUCUCAGAGAAGGGCGUGGAACUGCAAAAUUGCACGCUCAAGCAGCUAAUUUAUUAUUCCGCCCUCAAAUAGAAGCAUUAUGUGGCUAUAGAGAUGUUAGUGGAAUAUUUACAACACAAUUACCUGAAAAUGUAGAAGACGAAGUACAUGAAGAAGAACAUAACAUUGAAGAACCACCUAUAGUUACUAAUAUCGACAACGAAGAUGACCUUCUCUAUGGCGAUGCACCAGCCUUUCAAAUGCCUGCACCAUCAGUUGCUAAAGUAUCCGAAGGAGCAUCAAAAAAAGCUCCUUGGUGGCAAAAACAUUUACAAGAGAUAAAACCAACAUAUUGGUUAUUAGUAUACAGAGAUAGUGGAACACUAGAAAUUUAUUCUCUUCCUGAUUUACGUCUAUCUUACCUUAUUCGUAAUUUCGGAUAUGGACAAUAUGUAUUACAUGACAGUAUGGAGUCUACAACGCUACAAACAGCAACUGUUAACGAAGUUCCCAAUCCUGAAAUGCAGGUGCGUGAAAUUUUAAUGGUAGCAUUAGGUCAUCACGGAAGUAGACCAAUGCUUUUAGUAAGACUAGAUUCUGGACUUCAAAUUUAUCAAGCAUAUAGAUAUCCAAAGGGUCAUUUAAAAUUAAGAUUUAAGAAAUUAGAUCAUGGCAUAAUACCAGGACAUUUAAAGUCAGUACCUAAAGACGAAGAUAUGCCUUCAAUGAAUGAAACUCGACAUUGUAUGAUGCGUUACUUUAGUAACAUUGCUGGAUACAAUGGUGUAUUUAUUUGUAGUGAUUAUCCGCAUUGGAUAUUUCUCACGGGAAGAGGUGAAUUACGCACUCACCCAAUGGGUAUCGAUGGCCCCGUUACAUCCUUUGCACCUUUUAAUAACAUAAACUGUCCACAAGGUUUCCUCUAUUUCAACAGUAAGGAAGAAUUAAGGAUAUGCGUUUUACCAACCCAUUUAUCAUACGAUGCGCCAUGGCCUGUUAGGAAAGUACCAUUACGAUGCACGCCACAUUUUGUCACAUAUCAUCUUGAAAGUAAAACUUAUUGUGUCAUAACGAGUAUAGCCGAACCACUUAAGAGUUACUAUAGAUUCAACGGCGAAGAUAAAGAAUUCACAGAAGAAGAACGAUCAGAGAGAUUUAUUUAUCCCUCUCAAGAACAAUUUUCGAUAGUGUUGUUCUCGCCUGUUUCAUGGGAAACUAUUCCUAAUACUAAAAUUGAACUAGAUCAAUGGGAACAUGCCACUUGUUUAAAAAAUGUGUCUUUAGCUUACGAAGGAACACGAUCUGGUUUAAAGGGUUACAUAGUAGUGGGAACGAAUUAUAACUAUGGCGAAGAUAUUACAAGCAGAGGAAGGAUCCUCAUAUUUGAUAUAAUCGAAGUUGUACCCGAACCUGGCCAACCAUUAACGAAAAAUAGAUUCAAGCAGAUUUAUGCAAAAGAACAGAAAGGUCCGAUAACUGCUAUCACGCAAGUAUCAGGGUUUUUAGUCUCAGCUGUUGGACAAAAAAUAUAUAUUUGGCAAUUAAAGGAUAAUGACCUUGUCGGAGUUGCUUUUAUAGAUACACAAAUUUACAUUCACCAAAUGUUAAGCAUUAAAAGCUUAAUUUUAAUAGCCGAUGUAUAUAAAUCAAUUAGUUUAUUACGAUUUCAAGAAGAGUAUAGAACACUAUCUCUUGUCAGUAGGGAUUUUAGACCAGCAGAAGUAUAUACUAUUGAAUACUUGAUUGAUAACACAAAUUUAGGAUUUCUUGUGGCUGACGGCGAAAGCAAUAUAGCUUUAUUUAUGUAUCAACCAGAGUCGAGAGAAAGCCUUGGAGGACAAAAGUUAAUUAGAAAAGCUGAUUUCCACUUAGGCCAGAAAAUAAAUACGUUCUUCCGUAUAAAAAGCAGACUUUCGGAUCCCGCAAACGAUAAGAAACACUUUUCUGGUGCGGACAAAAGACACGUAACCAUGUAUGCAACUUUAGAUGGAAGUCUUGGUUAUAUUUUACCUGUGCCAGAAAAAACAUAUCGACGGUUACUUAUGUUACAAAAUGUGUUGGUAACACAUAUUUGUCACAUUGCUGGAUUAAAUCCCAAAGCUUAUCGUACGUACAAAAGUUACGUCCGAACUCAGGGAAAUCCUGCAAGGGGAAUUAUCGAUGGUGACUUAGUUUGGCGAUAUCUUUAUUUACCAAAUAAUGAAAAAAUAGAUGUAGCCAAGAAGAUUGGAACGCGUGUGCAAGAAAUAAUAGAAGAUCUUACAGAAAUAGAUCGACAAACGGCUCAUUUUUAAAAUUGUG